UGAAUCUUAUCUUACGCCGUAUUCGAUAGUGUGACACAAUGCACGCAAUUGAAACGUACGUGUUAAAGAACAGAAACAGGCGCUUUCGAUGGAGAUGGCUAGCUCAUCGUAUUACAAACAUCAAGUUAUAUCACAGCAAAACUGGCGUUUACGGAUAUAAACCGAGUAAAUCGAGACAUUUCGAAGUGUCGAAAGAAUAUUUGAAUAACCGAGCAAAACAGAGUAAUUUUUAUAGAUUAGUCGACGCGUACAGAACUCACGGACAUAAGCAAGCUGACGUAAAUCCGAUUUCAACAAUCAAGCCGUCAUUAUUAGCGGAAUUACAGCCAAAGUAUUUCGGAUUGAAUUUAAUAGACAAGAUCAGUUAUCAAGGGAUUUUGUUUGCACAGCAAAAAGAAGGAACAAUAGAAGAAGCUGUUCAAUUUUUAAAUGCUACCUAUUGUGGUAGUAUUGCAACGGAAUUUAGUUAUCUCGAGACGGAAGAAGAAAGAGAAUGGUUCGCCGAAACUGUAGAAAGAACUGUGACCGAACCAUUGGACGAUGAAACACGCAGAACAAUAGCUAUGGAAAUGAUAAAAAGCCAAGUUUUUGAUAACUUUUUAGCCGUAAAGUUCGUAAGUUUAAAGAGAUAUGGAGGAGAGGGAGCCGAGAGCAUGAUGGCGUUUUUCUAUGAAUUGUUCAAACUUUGUGCUUGUGAUAAUUUGGAACACAUGAUUCUUGGCUCGCCACAUCGCGGUCGCCUCAAUCUAUUAACAGGAUUACUAAAUUUUCCUGCGGAAAAAUUGUUUCGCAAACUACGAGGCCACUCCGAAUUUUUGAGCGCAACCAAGUGCACCGGAGACGUUAUUAGUCAUCUCGUAAGUUCUACCGAUCUCAAUAUAGAGAGAAAAAGUCUCCAUGUAACGAUGCUCCGAAAUCCAUCGCAUUUGGAAAUAGUAAAUCCAGUAUCAAUGGGGAAAACACGAGCAGUCAUGCAGACGAUUAAAGAAGGCGCUUAUACCGAAGAUGAACACACCCAAUGGAGCGAUAAAGCAAUAAAUGUUCAGAUGCACGGUGACGCUGCUUAUCCGGGACAAGGAGUUAAUCAAGAGUGUCUGGCUUUGAGCAAAACACCCCAUUUUGAAAUUGGUGGUACAAUUCAUUUGGUAAUUAACAAUCAAUUGGGCUUUACAACUCCUUCGUCGAGAAGUCGAUCGUCAAGAUAUUGCACGGAUUUAGCAAAAUUUAUAUCCGCGCCUGUAAUUCACGUAAACGGUGACGAUCCUGAGAUGGUCGUACGAGCUGCAAGAAUAGCGUUUAAAUAUCAGAGACAAUUUAGAAAGGACGUUUUCGUUGAUUUAAUCUGUUUUAGAAGAUGGGGUCAUAACGAAUUAGAUGAUCCUACCAUUACCAAUCCUAUUAUGUAUAAAAUCAUACAAAAUCGACCAUCGAUACCAGAUCGAUAUACGGAAAAACUAACAAGUUCCAGUAUUCUGACUCGAGAAAGCGUGAAAAAUAUCACUGAAAGUCACAUCACAUGGUUGAAUAAAGCUCUGAAAGAAUCUGCGAAAAAUGCAUCGAAAGAGUCGCUCAUGUAUCUUGGUAGGUGGACAGGAAUAAAACAAGCUGAAGACAAUGUGACACAAUGGGACACUGGCGUGGAGUUGGACUUGUUAAAAUAUAUUGGAAACAAGAGCGUCCAAGUGCCACCAAACUUUAACAUUCAUCCGCAAUUAAUGAAAAAUUACGUUCAAAAUCGUAUAAAAAAAAUAAAAAGCGGUAACGCUUUGGAUUGGGCAACUGCUGAGGCACUAGCCAUCGGUUCUUUAUUACAUCAAGGAUAUAAUGUAAGAAUAAGUGGGCAGGACGUGGGCCGUGGAACUUUUUCACAGAGACACGCAAUGCUCGUUGAUCAAUCUACGGAAGCUAUUUUCAUCCCCUUAAAUUCUAUGAGUGAUAGUCAAACUGGGAAACUAGAGGUAGCUAACAGCAUUCUGUCCGAGGAAGCUGUUCUUGGUUUCGAGUAUGGUGUAAGUAUAACGUCACCGUUUACCUUGUCCAUUUGGGAGGCUCAGUUCGGAGAUUUUUUCAACGGAGCCCAAGUCGUUAUCGAUACGUACGUAACGAAUGGAGAAGCGAAAUGGAUGCUGAGCAGCGGAUUAACAAUGCUUUUACCGCAUGGAUACGACGGUGCUGGUCCGGAACAUAGUUCGUGCAGACUCGAAAGAUUUCUGCAAUUGACCGAUAGUAAAGAAAAUACAGUCGAUAGUGACGAUGUAAAUAUACAAGUUGUAAAUCCUACUGAACCAGCACAGUAUUUUCAUCUACUAAGAAGGCAGAUGGUACGAAAUUAUCGAAAGCCUCUAAUGUUAGUAGCACCUAAGAUUUUGUUGCGACAUCCGGCCGCGAUAUCACCUUUGUCGGAUUUUAAACCUGGAAGAAGUUUUAAAACUGUUAUCGAAGAUAAUAAAGUAGAAGCUAGCAAUGUAACCAAAGUUAUACUAGUCAGUGGAAAACACUAUUACGCGCUUGACAAUUAUCGAGAAAGUAUCGGAAACAAAGAUGCAGCAAUUAUCAGAAUAGAAAGUCUGUGUCCAUUUCCUGUACAGGAACUAUUGAAAAAAAUUGAAAAAUACAAAAAUGCGAGAACUUUCGUUUGGAGCCAAGAAGAACCGCGAAAUAUGGGCGCGUGGAGUUUCGUUAAAACACGUUUUGAGAAUUUGUGUGGAAGACAUAUAAAAUAUUGCGGCCGAAAAGCCAUGGCAGCACCAGCUGUCGGAGACGGACAAGCCCAUCAGCAAGAAGCUAACGAAGUCAUUAUUAAACCGUUUACAACUGAAUAAAUUUUUACCACUUUUUUAUCUUAAUUACAUGAUAUAUGUAUAUACUUGGAAAC